AUGCUCCUCGGUCGCUCUCUCACGUAUGUCUUAUCGGCCUUCUCCAUCGGAGCCGGCAAGGACGACCUGGACAAACCACAAGAAAAUGGCAUCACCUGGGUGACAAGAAACUGGCAAGUCAACCGCAACCAGCCCUUUACCAUCGAAUGGGAUGGCCAUGAAGGACCAGUCUCCGUGACUCUUGUGAGACGGGCAGAAGACAAAUGGCAGUCUCUAUGGAAGGUAGCCUCCGGCAACACAGAAAGCUCCCUCGUCUUCCGCGUACCAGAGCACCUCUCCGAGAUUCUUGGAGACUCCGAGUACGCCUUUCAGAUCAAUGACACUUCUGGAAAAUCUGCAAUAUCACCGCGAUGGACUGUUGAGGCCCGUCAAGCACAAGGCUCUGGGAUACUCUCGCCACCAGAUCCAGCCGAGACUAGCAGCUCAGAGAGCGAUCAGCCGACAAGCUCCAGCAACGACGAUGCCACUCAGACCACGGAUGGUGGGAGUCCACAAAGAACCGUAUCAAAUGGCAACAAUCAAGAUUCCGACUCGAACUCGGGUAAUUCAGGCUCCGACUCAAACUCCAGCAGUGGGAAUGACUCCAGUAGCAACAACUCUUCGAAUUCUUCGUCCUCCAAAGGUCUCAAAGCAGGUGUCAAGGCUGGCAUCGGCAUCGGCGCUGCUGUUGGUGUUGCCCUUGUUGCCGGCCUCAUUUGGCUUUUCACGAAGAAGAACAGAGAGAUCAAGGCCUUGAAGGUAGCUAACGCCGCCCCUGCACCAGGGGACAAUUCUGGCUUGGAAGUGGCAAAAGAACCGCAACAGCAAACACACCAAGGCGGAUACGCCCACGACUCGACAUACCAGGGAGGUCAAGGUCCUGCAGAGCUACCACCACAGCAUAAUCAAUUUCCACCUCCUGUUAGCGAGUUACAUGACCAAUCACGGCCGGCUGAGCUGGCGUAUUCUGGGCCAACGGUACCUGAGCUACCAGCGAAGCGGGAAGGGUAG